UCCAGACCGAUGUGCCUUUCCUUCUCUUUCACUCAGCUCCGGUUUAAACUCUCCAUUCAACUCGCACCACGAACCCCAACCCCUUCUGCUUCACGCCAUGAACCCACCUCUGCUUCUUCCUCCAUGUUGCCUACAGCCAUCGGCUCAUGGCUUCACUCGAGACGGAGCCGAUACUUGUUUCUCAUACUCUGUUCGCCCCUUUUCCUCCCCUUGCUCUGCGCCUGUUUCCCCUUUCUGUGCGCUGCGGAAGUAUUUAUCAGAAUCUGCAGAAGAAGAAAGCAUCAAGAUGAAGAGAGGUUAAGGCGAUGCGAAGAGGGCUGCUGUGGAUGUGAAUUUGAAGAUGACAGGGACGUGGGUUUGUUGCAAGGGUACUUGGAAGAUCAGCUGAUGCUUGUUGAAUCUGUGUACGGUUGUGAUGUUGAUAAUGAUGAUGAUGAUGGAGAUCGUACGGUUCCUUUCCUGAGUUGAAUUUUUCUCUCUUUUUUUUGUAGUUUAAUUUUUUUAUUUUUUAUGUGAGGUGUAAAUAUGAAAAUUGGGUGGAUAGGUAAAAUGAGAAAAUUCAAUUUUAGUUUUAUGUCAGACAUACUUGAUUAAUUGCUACCAAGUUUUCGGGAAUA